UUCAUCUCGAGUCGGAGUCAGUUCAGAGUUGAAAAUCGUGGCGUAAGGUAAUAAAAUCCGCGGUGCAUCGUCUCCUGAGGAAUAUACCCAACCGUGAAAGCAGUGCAAGUCAGUGUGUAGUGUUCGCAGUGAGCGAGGGCGACUGCAAGUUCGUGAAAAGCAUACGUGAAAAGUCUUUCGAGGGCCACGAGGCCACUUUCUGAGGGAAGCGAGAAAACGUGCUCCGUGUGGGCUUUUGCGAGUGGCCAGCGCGAGGCUGAGAGACUGUAGUGCGUGUGAGAAGUGGCUGGAUCUGUGUGAGGAGCACGCCUUCGCCCGCGUGGGCAUCCUUGCAGCGCCUCCGCGCGAUACUCGUGUGAGGCCCCCCGAGGGCAUCCAGGAGGACAAAAUUAUCCCCAUCCGGUACGACCCGUUCGACGAGGACUAUAGCAUGGCUGAUCUCUUUGAAUUCGAGCUCCAUGAGGACGAGCGGAACAACAAGGAGGCCUGCUGCGAGUCCGACGACGAUAUCAUCGAGAUUGAUGACGUCGAUUUGGAGCCGGCUGUUAACAUUGACAUAAAGGCAGAGGCAGAACUGAGUGGAUCUGAAAUUCUGCAAUUGUCAGAGGAAAUGGUCAAUCCGAAGCGCAUAAAGCUGGGACCGCAGGAUUUUGAGUUGAAGAAGGUCUUGGGCAAAGGCGGAUAUGGCAAAGUGUUUCAGGUGAAAAAAGUGAGUGGACCAAAUGCAGAUCGCUAUUUCGCUAUGAAAGUCCUCAAGAAAGCCACAAUUGUGCGAAAUCAGAAAGACACUGCCCACACAAGAGCUGAGAGAAAUAUAUUAGAGGCUGUCAAGCAUCCAUUCAUAGUUGAUUUAGUUUAUGCUUUUCAAACAUGCGGUAAAUUAUACUUAAUAUUAGAAUAUUUAAGUGGUGGAGAAUUGUUCAUGCAUUUAGAGAGGGAGGGAAUCUUUCUGGAAGACACAACAUGUUUCUACUUGUGCGAGAUAAUUUUGGCACUUGAGCAUCUUCACUCGCUGGGUAUUAUUUAUCGGGACUUGAAGCCCGAGAACAUCCUGCUGGAUCAGGCGGGUCACAUCAAAUUGACGGACUUUGGUCUGUGCAAGGAACACAUUCAGGAUGGCAUCGUGACGCACACAUUCUGCGGCACAAUUGAAUACAUGGCACCUGAAAUUCUGACACGAAGUGGACAUGGAAAGGCCGUGGAUUGGUGGUCAUUGGGGGCUCUAAUGUACGACAUGUUGACUGGAUUGCCACCAUUCACAGCGGAGAAUCGCAAAAAGACUAUCGAGACAAUUCUCAAGGGGAAACUCAAUCUGCCCGGCUACCUCACAUCAGAAGCUAGAGAUUUAAUUCGUAGACUUAUGAAACGACAAGUGCCACAGCGACUGGGCGCUGGGAUAUCAGAUGGUGCUGCUGUGAGGGCGCAUCCCUUCUUCAAGCACGUCCAGUGGGCGGAUGUCAUCCAUCGCAGACUGGAGCCGCCAAUUAAACCCGUCUUGAACAGCGACGAUGAUGUGUCCCAGUUUGACACCAAAUUCACCAGACAGAUACCGAUAGAUUCACCAGACGAUGCCACACUCAGCGAAAGUGUUAAUUUAAUUUUCCAAGGUUUUACGUAUGUGGCGCCGUCAGUGCUGGAGGAAAUGGCCCGGCCACGAAUAUCACAGUCCCGUUCACCGCGAAGAGCCCGCUAUGCACGCAAUAUUCGCCAUGAGGAAGUCAUGCGAGUGCCCUUUGUGCAACGAAAUAACACAACACACAUGAAUAAUUCCAAAGACUCCAAUCACCAUCCCGACGGACAGGGUCCAUUUCCGCCGCGACCAUCGCCACAAGAUGAGGUAAUGGACGAUCCGGGACAUCCAUUCGUAUAACCUAAAAUGGAGAGCAUAAAAGUAAAUUUAGUAAAAUUAGACAAUUUAUAUUGAAGAAAAAAAA